AUGGUCUUUGCACUCGCGCUUAUCCCACGGCCGAGAAACACUGUGUAUGCUUUUGAAAUUCUCGAAGGGUUGGAUGAGUACCGCAUUCGAGACACCCCACCACAACCCGUUUUUGCCCCUUGCAUCGCCCUGGCCGUCGCCAUCGUGGCCCCGAUUUCGCCUCUUGCGGCCCAUCGCAGAUCCCGAACCCGAAGAAUGGGGUUCGAGCCGGAAGAGCUGGCGGUCGACAGCCCGGCCAUCGUUGUCGAGAAGGCGAGUUGCAAUGAAAGUGCGACGAGUGCACAUGAAGAGGAAACGGCCAACUGGCGACCCUUAUUCCGCCACCCAUGCGAAUUCGGUCCAGCUAUGUUUGGCGAUGUCUUGGUCAACCUGAUCCAAAACCCGAACAUCAACUCCUCCUGGCUCUUCCGCGCCGAUAUCCUUUAUGACUCAGCCGAGCCUCAGGAAUGCGCCGCACCAUCCGAAGCCAGGGACACGUUCACUUUCAACACCCCCAAUCCUUCGUUUGUCGGCUUCGGGCUCCAACGAUGCAUCGUCCGAAGACUCAUCCCCAGGAACACGCUCCGCGACAACCCCCUGGACCAAACAUGCCUCAUCUAUGAGAGCGUCCCCAGCUCCGAGGGUGAUGUGGCUUCCGUUGAGAAAGCUCUCGUUGUCUAUCUUCCACAUGUCUCGGUAGCGUCCGAGAUGCCCUUCUAUCACCCGAUAGUUCGGGGUAUAGCCUUCCUGCACGAGUGGGACGCCGCGGAGUCCCGCGGGUGCAUCUCCAUCUCGUACCUCUUCUUCAGCCAAGAAGACCGUUCUGUUGUGCGGCUCACGAGGACCGCCCUGCGCCUGCUCGAGGUCAUCCACAAGCACGGCAAAGGCCGGCUCGAGGGCUACCAGAAGAGGGUGCACCACGACCAGCUGCUGCCCCAGGCGCGCGUGCAGGAUACCUACACCCGCCUCAAGCAGAAGUAUGCGCGCGGCCUGAUCGAGAGCUGGGCCGAGAGCACCGAUCCCGAGAAGCAUGUCUUUGAGGAUCUCUGCAUCGCGGCCUUUCUGGUCGAGCUGUGGGCCGACAUGUACGGCCGAGGGCCCUUUCCUGGUUUUGUUGACAUUGGCUGUGGCAACGGUCUCUUGGUUUACAUCUUGAACCAAGAAGGUUUUGUGGGAUGGGGCUUCGAUGCCCGCUCCCGCAAGUCGUGGGCUACAUACAACACCAAGCUGGACACCCCCGCGGGUGAAGAGGACACUCUGCGGGAACUCGUCUUGCUACCGCCUCCGGUCAGCAGAAAUGGGCUUUCUAGGCUCUCGGGCGAGGAUUUUAAUGAGAAUCGCAUCCAUGACGGGCGCUUUCCCAAAGGCACCUUUAUCAUCUCCAACCAUGCCGACGAGCUCACGCCGUGGACGCCCAUCAUCGCGGCCAUCUCGGAGUGUCCUUUCAUUGCAAUCCCCUGCUGUAGUCACAACCUCGCCGGGGAGAGAUACCGUGCGCCAGCGCCCAAGGACAAAACCAAGGCGGACUCGGCGUACUCGUCGCUAGUUGCGUGGGUGGAAGGCAUUGCAACGGACUGCGGCUGGGACGUCGAGCAGGAGAUGUUGCGGAUCCCAAGCACCCGCAACGCAGCACUGAUCGGCCGCAAGCGUUCCGCCAACGCCUCAGACCCGGACAUCCAAGCCAUCGUGGAACAGUAUGGGGGCACAGCUGGGUACUUGGAGAGCGUGAUCAAGCUGGCCGCGUCUACGGCAUCAGAGAGCAGACACUGAAAACGAGCAGUGAGCAGUAAUAUCAACGCUGUUUCAAAUUCAGGCUUCUCAGUCCAAGUCAGGCACCGGGAGGUGAUCCACCAGCUUAAGGUUAAGGCCCAGCUUCUGCAGCGCCUCGGUGGCCAGCUGGUCCCUGAGCUUUUCCGUCUCUUCCUGGGUCGCCAGCACGAAGUCGUGCUUCAGCAGCCAGGUCCCCUCCUCGACGCCGUACUCCUCGGCCGUCGCCUCGUCGACCUUGUCGAGGUCGAUCACCAAGCUCUGCUUGACACCGAAGACGGCAUCAGACGUCUCGUAGGGAUCGCCGCGGAGAUACAGCGCGCUGUCAAAAUCAAAUCAAAGUCAGCUUUCAUGCACCG